CAUGAAGCCAGCCAUAUUUUCCGGGCAAAACAUCUCUGAAGAACUGAAAGAGAUUCGAAAUCUUCGAAAAGUGAUUCUAAAAAACCGAGAAUUCUUGCACCAGUUGCUAAACUUAAUGGCUAAAUCGAAGGCAGCUCAACGUUUGACUUGGGAACAUUAUGUUCUUCCAGUUCAAGAAUUAAACUUUCUCCCUCCUUGAAUCUCGCUCUCUUGCUUUCAACUUCAAGUUUGGUUCCCUUUUUGCAUGUUCUCUAAAACUGCUUCAUCCCACGCAUUCUGCAUCUUCCUCUUCUUCAUUUCAAAUCAGAUCAGUUAAAAAGUCCAAUAUGAAGUCAGAUGAGGCUGUAUGUUAUGAUCCAGAAGAACCAGAGUUAAGCUCUUUGAAUGGGAAAUUGAUAUCAGGUGAAAGGGAGAUGGUUAGUACAAUAGACAUGCAAGGACACAGGACAAUUAGCAAUUUUGCAGCAAAUGCUGAGCAUAGAACCUUGACUGACAGGUUUUUCAGAGGGAAUAGAGCAGCAGCUGGUAACAAUGUCAAUAUACCAGCUGAUGGGGACAAAAAGCGUGAGCAUGGAUCUGCAGCAAUAUCUGGACCUCUUUUGUCUGGAAUAGCUUAUUGCUUUUCUUCAUGCACCAUGAUAUUGCUGAACAAAGUUGUUCUCUCCAGUUAUAAUUUCAAUGCAGGAAUUUCAUUGAUGUUUUAUCAAAAUCUGAUUGCUUGUCUAGUUGUUGCCAUACUGAGUCUCUGCAGAGCAGUUUCAGUAGAAAGGCUUAAUUGGAAGCUGACUAAGGUCUGGAUCCCAGUCAAUGUAAUCUUUGUGGGCAUGCUUGUGUCUAGCAUGUAUAGUUUGAAGUUCAUAAAUAUUGCAAUGGUGACAAUUCUAAAGAAUGUGACGAAUAUCAUAACAGCAGUUGGAGAAUGGUAUAUUCUUCGGAAACGUCAGAACCAGAAAGUGUGGAUUGCCAUGCUUAUGAUGAUGAUCUCUGCCGUCAGUGGUGGUAUCACAGAUCUCCAAUUCAACCCAAUGGGAUAUACUUGGCAGAUUAUGAAUUGUGUCUUAACUGCAAUGUAUUCGCUUACCUUGCGACAGGUUAUGGACAGAGCAAAGCAGUUGACGAGAUCAGGAUCACUGAAUGAAAUUUCCAUGGUCUUGCUGAAUAAUUUGCUAUCUCUACCCUUUGCCAUGUUGUUGAUUUUCCUUUUUGAUGAAUGGAAAUAUGUUAUAAACACGUGAAUAAACAUCUUAAAAUUUUAACUUCGUGAAAAUCACAUGCUUUUCCUUCGUGCAAGCACACUUUUAGUAUAUUCUGAUGCAUACAGUAGUAAUACGCAGUGAGGUGAUUCAAUUGCCAAUGUUUUGGGUUGCUGCAACAGCUAGUGGAUUGCUUGGACUUGCCAUUAGCUUCACCUCUAUGUGGUUUUUGCAUCAAACCGGGCCAACCACCUAUAGCCUGGUAGGUUCCUUAAACAAGAUUCCUAUUUCUGUUGCUGGUGUAGUCCUCUUCAAUGUUCCACUCAGUCUACCUAAUAUGUUCAGCAUAACUUUUGGUUUAUUUGCAGGAAUUUUCUUUGCAAGGGCUAAAUUGUCAUGAAAUCAACUAAACGCACAUGAGUACUAAUGGUCAGAUUGCCUCUUCUCCAAGGACAUUCUGUAUUUUUUAACGCACAUCAGCUUGGGGGCUUGGAAGAACUAGAAGCCUCCUGAGGGAAGGAACAAAAGAAAAGGAAAAGGAAAAGAAAAAGGUUUUUCCAUUUCAAGAAAACAGAUUUUGAUUUAUAUGUCGUAGGGUUUACUUACUAUACCACAAUGUUGUUUUACAAUUACAGAAGCUAAAUGCUGAAUGUUGUUUGAUAGAAAAGCAAAAUGUUGAAAAAAAAAAAGGCUAAUGAAAUAAAAACAAUUUC